AUGACUUGUACGUCAAUUGCUACUACGUAUGGAAUAACUAUUGCUAAAUUCGAGGCAAUGAAUCCAAUUCUAGGCCCAUCUUGCCAACUCAUAGACAGCUUCGCAUUCUGCAUCGAGGAGAAUUUUGGAGGAGCAGCGCCUACCAGCGCAAGCGGUUGCACAACCCUUGUCACUAUAACCACGCCAACAACCAUAACCACUGCCACAACCACAUCGGCAGGCAAUGGCAUCUCAACUCCUACACCCUAUCAAUCGGGCAUGACAACGUCUUGCAACAGCUUCCGCUUGGUUAUCGCUGACGACCAGUGUGGAACAAUUGCCACCGAAGCUGGUGUGAGUCUCUGA